GGCGCGCGCAGCCUGCCGGGAGCGGGCUGAGCCGGGGGGCCGCGGCCGGCGUCCGGCGCGCAGCAUGCGGCUGCGGCCAGCGUAGUGGCCAUGCCGCCCGGGCCCCGGGCCUGUCCCGCUCCGCGCCGGCAUGGUGAACCUGGCGGCCGUGGUGUGGCGCCGGCUCCUGCGGAAGCGGUGGGUGCUCGCUCUGGUCUUCGGCCUCUCGCUCAUCUACUUCCUCACCAGCACCUUCAAGCAGGAGGAAAGGGCCGUGCGAGACCGGAACCUGCUGCAGGUCCACGAGCAGGAGCAGCCCAUCGCAUGGAAGGUGCAGUUCAACCUGGGCAACAGCAGCCGCACCAGCGACCAGUGCCGCAACUCCGUCCAGGGCAAGCUCCUCAUCACCGACGAGCUGGGGUACGUCUGCGAGAGGAGGAACGUGCUGGCCAACGGCUGCUGUGACGUCCGUGCGCCGACCACCAGGCAGCACAGCUGCGACGGCUGCUCGCCCAGCGGCUGCUGCGGUGCCUACGAGCUCUGCGUGUCCUGCUGCCUGCAGCCCAGCAAGCAACUCCUCCUGCAGCGCUUCCUCAGCCGGGCGGCCGUGGCCUUCCAGAACCUCUUCAUGGCCGUCGAGGACCACUUUGAGCUGUGCUUGGCGAAGUGCCGGACCUCAUCCCAGAGCGUGCAGCACGAGAACACCUACCGGGACCCCGUGGCCAAGUACUGCUACGGGGAGAGCCCGCCAGAACUGUUUCCCGCGUGAGGGGCCCCGGCCCACCCGCCCGCCCACUCGGAAAGAACAGCACGAGCCUGGUGGGCACCAGGGGCUGCUGGCAGGUUGGGAUCCCCCCCAACCUCCCAGACGUGGGUGACUCACGCUUCGCCCGGGGACCUUCUCUAUCACUUUAUUUAUUGGAUUCCUCUGACUGGUGGGGGAAGAGCGCGUUUUGAAUGGAAAGACGCCUUGGUCGUCGGACAUAUUCCGGAAGAUUGACUUGGCCGAGUUACGAUCCUUCCUUCUCCUCGGAUUAAAUGUUGGGUCCCAGGAGGUCUGCUCAAACGGUUUCUGCCCCCAAGAUAUUUUUACCUGAUCCUGGUAUACAAAUCAAAUAUGUACUGACAAUAAAUCACUUACAUCCA